UGAAAAUCCACUGACAGCAAAGAAGAAGCAGACAUUGGGUCUGCAGAACCUGAUGCAGCAUUUGAGAUUUAGAUAGCAUUCAUCUGAAUAAGGUCAGUUGCUUGUGACUUGCACUGGGAAUCACUCACUGUGAAGGCCACGCUCAAUGAUAAAGCUGGACCAGUUGAUAGAGUGGCACAGUGGCAGAGCACAGUGCAGGACACUUCAUUUCAGUCCUGGCCCAGUCACUGUCCCCCAUGUCUGCUUGUUAACUGGUGACAAUAUAUUGCCACAGCGUGAGUAUUUAAUGAGUAUGCCCUGGCUGUACUGGCACCCCAUCUGGGGUCGGUCCUGUCCUCACGCUCAAUUAGGCAGGUAAGCAGGUACAGAAAAUGUAUGCGUAGACAAUUGCUUGUUUGAUUGAAGUGCAAAUUCUUCUUUCUUCAUUGUAGGAUUUUUCUUAAUUCAGACUAAAACAUGAAGCCUGGUAUCCGAUCCAAGGUUGGUGUCUGCCUUGUCUCCAGUGCUACUGGGUCAGACUCCAGUUUCCAACUACAACGUAAUCGAAAAAAUGAAUUCAGAAAAUGUAUGGGUGGAUGGAUAAAUAUGUUGUGCAGCAUAUUAAUGAUCCUUGUAGGGAUCAGAUUGUUUGUCCUGCCUGUGCACGGAUCCCAGGAGUUUAACUAUCAUUAUGUAAAAGAAUCGAUGAGCUGGAUAAAUGCACAGGCUUACUGCAAGAGUAACUUCACUGACUUGGUGACUAUUGCAAGCAAUGAAGAACUUAAGGAAAUUCUGGACAUGCUUACAAAAGAAAAUGUCUCUACCAAAGAAAUCUGGAUUGGGUUGAAAGAUAUAAAUAUGAACAAUGGAACAUGGAGCAAUGGUGAAACAUUCACUUACCGAAACUGGAAAAAAGGGGAACCAAACAAUAAUAAGAUAGCCUGUGGCACCAUGUACUACCACAGAAAAGAAGUAAACCACAAUGGCACUUGGAAUGACAGUGGCUGCAAUGAGACUAAGACCGCCAUCUGCUAUGCAGUAAAAAGAAAGUUCCAUGCUGUAAACAUCAAUAUGUCUUGGCUCCCAGCUCUUCAGUACUGCAAUUCUAAUUACAAUGGCCUGGCCACCAUCCGAAGUGAAAGAGAACAGUGGCAUUUGCUGAAGCACCUCAAUGAAACCAACAUACAGGAGAAAGUGUGGAUUGGAAUGAGGAGCUCCAUGAUCUUUGGACACAGGUUCUGGAUGAAUGGUGACCCGGUCAUUUACCAAAACUGGAUAAAUGACUCCUCCAAGGUCUUUCAAGACGCCUGUUUCUGUACCAGCCUGGAUCCGAAUCAGAAGAAGUGGAUCAGGCAGGACUGUGUAGAACGAGCCCCAUUUGUCUGCUAUAUGGACAACUAGCAUGGCAAAGAUUGAUUCUAUCAUCUUAGCUGGCUGUAAGAUGGGAGGACAGAUCAUCCACGACAGACUGAUCAGCUCUGUAGGACACUUGACACUCUUCUGAGAACUGGCAAUGCACGAUAUAUUUAACAGUUUUGCUUUUAAAACAUUCAAGGAUUUCCAGUUGUGUUUUCCACAAAACAGAAUUUACAUUCACUCAUGAAAGCCAUUUGUACCACUCAAGCAUAUUUCUAAACUCUUAAUGAAACGGCAGAUAAGUAAUUAAGUUUGAGAGGACCUUUUUAAUGAAGCUUUUGUUUUUGGCAACAUUGGCAGUGUUGUGUUUUGUCUUUUGCCAGAGACAUCUAUUUAAAUCAGUUGUUUUAUCAAAGGUUUACUUCUCUGUUUGCAGCAAUGACAUAUGAAACUCAGGACCUCUCUUUAUAAGGUGGUUUGCAGGACAGUAAAUGGCAGGAGGUCAGCAUACUGGGAACGAUCAAAACAAUGUCCUUCAAAGCUCAAAUAAGAAGUUAAAGUCAAAAGAAAGCAAUAGCAGAGCUCCUCACAAUAACUCAAUUGUUUAUUCUUGACUGCGAUAUAAUUCGAAAAAACAAUUCCUGCAAACUAGGACAUUCUUCCGAGGGUCACCAUCUUAUUGUGAGGUGCCAUAAUGUCACAUGUCAUGAAGACACACUAGUGUCACACACCACGCACAUGUCACUGGCAGCGUGCACCAUCACCAUAAACAAAACGGAAACAGACCCAUGAAAUUGCAACAUAUUUUAAUUGGCAUCAUUAAUGUAUUUUUUGUGUAAACUCCUGUGCAGUUUCUAUUGUCAGAGAUGGCUGGGGUAGCAACC